UUUGCCUGUAAUUCUGGGAGCAUUCCACAAGAGGGCAGCACGUUUGUAACCUCUCCCGACCCUGCAGCUCUUCAUGCGACGAAGAAGAACAUCAAGCUUCAAACCAAAACAGUCCGUCAAGUUUUCAGGAUGCCUUUCCAUUUUUGCCCCCAGUGUGGAACAAAGUUGCAGCCAGGUUACAGAUUUUGUCCAUCAUGUGGUGAGAAACUUCCCUGCGCCGCUGAAGACUCUGGACCUGUAAGCUCCACUGCUCCUACAAAAAGAGAUGUGGAAACAUCCACCACUAAAACAAACGUUGCUGUAGGAAUAAGUUGUAAGCCUACAGAAAAUAAGGUGCAUGAAGACAUCACCUCCAUGAAAGUUUCACCUCGCCCCCCACUGCGAAAGACCCGUAAAUCCCUGCGCCUGGAUAAAGAUCCCGCUCCCCUUGUGGUACCCAGCACUCAACCUGCCAUAGGUGAAGAAACAGCCACUGUCAAAACCAAAGUGGAGUUUGAACCAACCGUAGAUGUUUCACCUUCUGGAGGAAAGAGCACUCGAACAGUUAAGGGAAAGGCCAAAAUUUCCAGCCCGCCUAAGAGACAAGCAGAAGAGCCUCCGAAUCUGUGUGAUAAAGGAAGCGGGGUAACACAGGAACCGGCAGUAGAUGCUGCUUCACCUGUUUCCUCACCAAUCACCAAGUCUCCUUUUAAAGGAAGGAGUAAAACAAAGAGGGCGAAGCAUACCGUCGCAGUGGAGCCGCUGCAGGACUGCGAGGAGGUGACCGACAUGACGGGGAAGAAGUGGAAGCUGCAGAAGCUGCUCAGCCAGAGCGCAGCAGAACUUCUGUAUGAAGUGACACGCCCCAACUCUAAAGAACCCCACAUCCUCAAACUGGGAGCUAAAGAUGGAAAAAUCUUCAAUGAGCAGAACUUUCUGCAGAGAGCUGCCAAACCUGCAUCUGUGGACAAAUGGAUCAAACAAAACAAGCUGGAUUUUCUGGGAAUUCCUUCCUGCUCUGGUUUUGGUCUCCAUGCAGAUUCAUACAGGUUCCUUAUUUUCCCCAACAUGGGGCGCUCUCUCCACUCUGUCAUUGAGAAAGAAAGCAAACCUCUGCCAGAGAAAGUUGUUCUUCAGCUGGCCUGUAGAAUACUGGAUGUGCUGCAGUUUAUCCACUCGAAUGAGUACGUCCAUGCUGAUAUUAAUGCAGAAAACAUUUACAUCAAACCAGGACAGGAUGCACAGGUGUACCUGGUAGGAUACUGCCACGCCUUCAGGUACUGUCCAGGAGGACAGCACGUGGAGUACCGUGAAGCCAGCAGAACGCCGCAUGAAGGCGCCCUGCCUUUCAUCAGCGUGGAUGCACACAAGGGAGCAGGUCCGUCUCGCCGCAGUGACCUGCAGUCUCUGGGUUACUGCAUGCUGCACUGGCACACGGAGAAACUGCCGUGGCUCGAGCUCGCUCAGCCAGACCAGGUGGCCGUGCAGAAACAGAGGUACAGAGAGAAUGUAGACGCCCUGUUGAGUCACUGCUUUGGGAAGAAGAGAGUUUCCAGUGCAUUUCAAACCUACCUGAAGUCUGUGAUGGCUCUGGAGUACUCUGAGGAGCCCGACUACUCCUCGCUGAAGAAUGGACUCCGAGCUGCUUUACAUCAGCUGGGGGGGUCGGUGGAGGCGCCGCUCAGUUUUUAGAAAUCAAGUCAAAAAGCAGGAUUUGUUUUUGCUUGCUGAAUCUCUUUGCUUUGGUGUGAAUGUCGACUCAUGUACUUGAUGGAUUUUGGUGGAUUUGGAUUUGAUGACUGAUCAUUUGUUGGACAUUGAUUCAGCACUGAUUCUCGUGAAACUGCACUGUAGAUUUUAACACUGUUGAUGAAAGUGGAGUUCUUGUUGUCUCUGCCUGUGCUUUAUCCACACAUUGUUCUUAGAAAGUUUGUGUAAUUUUAGUCUUUUUUUUACUGUUUGCUGCAAGUUGAUGUUAAACUGAUGAGACUGUUUUCAUGAACCCAUCUUAAAAUGUGGAUUACUUUAAAUAAAAUGUCUUCUUAUUGUUUUAAAA